GUCAGGAUCUGACCCUGCCUCCCCCUCCCCAGCGCGAGUGCAUCUCCGUCCACGUCGGCCAGGCCGGCGUCCAGAUGGGCAACACCUGCUGGGAGCUGUACUGCCUGGAGCACGGCAUCCAGCCCGAUGGGCAGAUGCCCAGUGACAAAACCAUUGGCGGAGGGGAUGACUCCUUCACCACCUUCUUCUGUGAGACGGGGGCUGGGAAGCAUGUCCCGCGGGCUAUCUUCGUGGACCUGGAGCCCACCGUGAUUGAUGAAGUUCGGGCUGGAAUCUACCGCCAGCUCUUUCACCCCGAGCAGCUGAUCACUGGCAAGGAGGAUGCUGCCAACAACUAUGCCCGCGGGCAUUACACCAUCGGCAAAGAGAUCAUUGACCAAGUGCUGGACAGGAUCCGGAAGCUGGCUGACCAGUGCACAGGCCUCCAGGGAUUCCUUGUGUUUCAUAGCUUUGGAGGCGGCACCGGCUCUGGGUUCACCUCCCUGUUGAUGGAGCGACUCUCGGUUGACUACGGCAAGAAGUCCAAGCUGGAGUUCUCCAUCUACCCUGCACCACAGGUCUCCACUGCUGUGGUGGAGCCCUACAACUCCAUCCUCACCACCCAUACCACCCUGGAGCACUCGGACUGCGCCUUUAUGGUGGACAACGAAGCCAUCUAUGACAUCUGCCGCAGGAACCUGGAUAUCGAGCGCCCGACAUACACCAACUUGAACAGACUCAUCAGCCAAAUUGUCUCAUCCAUCACGGCAUCACUGCGGUUUGAUGGAGCCCUGAAUGUUGAUCUGACUGAGUUCCAGACCAACCUGGUGCCCUACCCUCGCAUUCACUUCCCCCUGGCCACCUAUGCCCCUGUCAUCUCUGCAGAGAAGGCUUAUCACGAGCAGCUAUCAGUGGCUGAGAUCACCAACUCCUGCUUUGAGCCAGCCAACCAGAUGGUGAAGUGUGACCCUCGCCAUGGCAAGUACAUGGCCUGCUGCCUGCUGUACCGUGGGGAUGUGGUGCCCAAGGAUGUCAAUGCCGCCAUUGCCACCAUCAAGACCAAGCGCAGCAUCCAGUUUGUGGACUGGUGCCCCACGGGCUUCAAGGUGGGCAUCAACUACCAGCCACCCACGGUGGUGCCAGGGGGGGACCUGGCCAAGGUGCAGCGUGCUGUCUGCAUGCUGAGCAACACCACGGCCAUCGCUGAGGCCUGGGCUCGCCUGGACCACAAGUUCGACCUGAUGUAUGCCAAGCGAGCCUUUGUGCACUGGUACGUGGGCGAGGGCAUGGAGGAAGGGGAGUUCUCCGAGGCACGGGAAGACAUGGCCGCUCUGGAGAAGGAUUACGAGGAGGUGGGCCUGGACUCCUACGAAGACGAAGAGGAGGGCGAGGAGUAGAGAAGCCCCUGGCAAAAAGGACCGUGCUCCUUCCCCAUGUUACCUGCAGAAACCCUUUGCAAUAAACCAUUUCAGAGCCUCUGUGUCUCCCACUAGCCCCCCAGCUGUAUCAGUUCCUUGCCAGGUCAGGUGUGUGGUGAGUGCUUCAGCUCUGCUGCUGGUGCUGCUCUGCUUCCUCCCAGCACUUUCUUCCAUCUCUGGCUUGCUCCCUGCGCAGGUAAGGGCCCCUGGUCCCCUCCCUAGGGCUGUGGCACACAUCCCACCCCAUUUGCUGCUCCAGCCAGGGGUGGGUGCUGCUUCCUUGUGUGGUGUAUGGCCCCAUGGUGUGUGGCCCUGUGUUGUAUCCUGGAUCUUAGGGGAGCAGGUUUAGCCUGAGCAGGAAAAGAUCAGCAGCUGCUGGGACUUCUCCCCCUGUGCAGCCCAAGGGUAGGUGGGCUCAAGUGGACGGACAGUGGUUGAAGCAAUGGGAACAGCCUGGCACCCGUGUCUCUGUGGCCACAGUAUGGGACAAGGGGCAUGCCUGGCUCUGCAGUGCAGCAGGUGCACUCUGCAAGGGUAUCCAGCACGGCAUGAACCUCCGCAGCUGCUUUACUGCUAUGUUGUGGUGAGAGGAUUAAAGGAGGGGAAUGCUCCCUGUGAAA